ACCUUCAACUCACCUGCAGUGACAAAUACCCAGCAUGAAGCUGCUGCUGGUUGCUGUCACUCUUCUGGCUGUGGCCAACUGUGCCAGCAUGUCUCUAGAAGACCUGGAGUUCCACGCUUGGAAACUUGAGUUUGGAAAGACCUACAGCUCGCCGUCAGAGGAGGCACACCGCAGGGGGAUCUGGCUUCAAAAUCGCAAAGUGGUGCUGAUGCACAACAUCAUGGCCGAUCAGGGGACCAAGUCCUACCGCCUCGGCAUGACUGUGUUUGCUGACUUGGAAAACCACGAGUACCGACACCUGAUUUCUCUGGGUUGCCUGGGCUCCUUCAACAGUUCUCUGCCACGACACGGCUCCAGCUUCCUCCAUUCAGUUGCACUUCAUGAACUGCCCCAAACUGUUGACUGGAGGGACAAGGGCUACGUUACCCCUGUCAAAGAUCAGAAGCAGUGUGGCUCCUGCUGGGCAUUCAGUGCUGCUGGGUCACUGGAGGGGCAGAACUUCAGGAAGACCGGCACGCUGGUGUCCCUGAGUGAGCAGCAGCUGGUGGACUGCUCCAGAAGCUUUGGUAACAUGGGCUGCAUGGGAGGCCUGAUGGACCAGACCUUUGACUACAUCAAAGCCAACGGAGGGAUCGACACUGAGGACUCCUACCCUUAUGAGGCCAAGGAUGGACACUGCCGAUUCAACCCUGCAACCAUUGGCGCCAAAUGUACCGGCUACGUGGAUGUGAAAACAGGUGAUGAAAAUGCUCUGCAGGAGGCCGUGGCCACAAUUGGUCCCGUGUCUGUGGCCAUCGAUGCUUCUCAUAUAUCCUUCCAGCUCUACAAGUCAGGAGUGUAUGAUGAGCCAGAGUGCAGCAGCUCAGAUCUGGAUCAUGGUGUCCUGGCUGUGGGAUAUGGUUCCAACAGUGGAAAUGACUACUGGCUGGUCAAGAACAGCUGGGGUCUAGACUGGGGGGAAAAAGGAUACAUCAUGAUGUCAAGAAACAAGCACAAUCAGUGUGGCAUUGCUACUGCUGCCAGCUAUCCCCUGGUCUGAGAAGGUGAGAAGCAACGCAUAAUGUGCCCAUCCCUCCAUUUUCCCAUUGUUCUUCCUUUUCUUAAUAAAAUGUCUGUUUCAUGAUCAAAACCUGCAAAAAACAAACCUGUAAGUGCAGUUAUGUCUGCGUGCACACUCUGCAGUGUAUUGUCCAUUAACUUGCUAUUGUUUUCUGUUAUUUUGACUCACUUUUGGGGGUUGGCUGUCAUAAAUUGCGAACGGUUGAUUUUAAAUUAACUGUUGCAUGUAGUUCAGUCUUUUAUGUUUUGAUUUCACUGUUAUUUGUCGAUAUGUUUAUGUUUAAUUGUAAAAGCACUUUGAAAUGUAUAAGCUGCACCAGAAAGUGCUGUGAAAAUAAAGUUUAUUAUCAAGAUUCCAAAUGAGGAACUGGAACAAGCGCUGCAGACGUACUGAGUGAUUGAUGUGUAACUAAUAAAAGUGUUGAAUGA